AUGCUCAUAACAUCAAUCGAAUACUUCCGCCUCCCACCCCGCUGGCUCUUCGUCAAAAUCAUCGACUCCUCAGGCAACACCGGCUGGGGCGAAGCCUCCCUCGAAGGCCACACAGAAGCCGUCGAAGGCUGUCUCGAUGCCUUUCGCACCCGCUUCCUCGGUCUCGAAGCCGACGACAUCGAACACAUCUGGCAGCUCGGAUAUCGCGGAGGGUUUUACCGCGGAGGACCAUUAUUGGGAGGGAAGGUGAGGACGGAAUUGAAAGUGUAUGCGUGGAUUGGAGGAGAUCGGCCGGGGGAUGUGGAAGUCAUGGCGAAGGGACGGGUGGAGCAGGGGUUUAAGGCGGUGAAGAUGAAUGCGACGGAGGAUUUGGGGUGGUUGGAUUCACCCGGGAAGUUGGACGCUGCGGUGGAGAGGGUGAGGACGGUGAAGGGGUUGGGGUUGGAUGUGGGUGUGGAUUUUCAUGGUCGGGUGCAUAAGCCGAUGGCGAAGCAAUUGGCGAAGUUGUUGGAGGCGGAGAGGGUGAUGUUUAUCGAGGAGCCGCUGUUGAGUGAGAAUGUGGAGGGCAUUCAGGAGUUGGCGAGGUUGGUUAGUACGCCUAUUGCGCUGGGUGAGAGGUUGCACAGUCGAUGGGAUGUCAAACCGUUCUUGGAGGGGAGAUGUGUGGACGUCUUGCAGCCGGAUAUAUGUCACUGUGGAGGCAUAUCCGAGACACUGCGCAUUGCUCGCAUGGCAGAGGCGUAUGAUGUCGCACUGGCUCCGCAUUGCCCUCUUGGGCCCAUUGCGAUGGCUGCAAGUUUACAGGUUGACGCAGUGUGCAGCAACUUUGCCAUUCAGGAGAUGCCGCUAGGGAUCCACUACAAUGUGGGCGGAGCGGACCUGCUGAGCUAUACGAAGAAUCCGGAGAUCUGGGAUGUGAAGGAUGGGAUGAUCAAGCUACCCUCAGGUCCAGGACUGGGCAUCGAGAUUGAUGAGGAGGCCGUUCGUGCUGCUUCGAUUGAUACAGAGGCGUGGAGAUCGCCGAUCUUUUAUGGGCCUGGAGGCGAGAUCCGAGAGUGGUAG